AAACCCCUAGCCUAGCCUUCACUCCUCGUCCCCGGACCAUGAUGUUUCGCGACCAGGUGGGAGUCCUGGCCAGCUGGUUCAAGGGGUGGAACGAGUGCGAGCAGACGGUGGCUCUGCUGUCCCUGCUGAAGCGCGUGGGCCGGACGCAGGCACGCUUCCUGCAGCUCUGUCUGGAGCACUCCCUGGCCGAGUGCACCGAGCUGCACCAGCUGGAGGGGGCGGCCAACGACCCAGUGGUGAUCAGCCAGUGGCAGAGCGAGCCCAGAGAGCUGGUCAUCUCCCUGGUCCUCACCCACCUGCCGCUACUCAAGCCGGGCAACACGGAGGCCAAGACCGAGUACAUGCGCCUGCUGCCGCGCAUCCUGGCGCAGACCAUCGAGCACGGCCGCCACCUGGAGGAGUCCCGCCAGCUGCUGUCCUACGCCCUCAUCCACCCGGCCACGUCCCUGGAGGACCGCUCGGCGCUGGCGCUCUGGCUCAACCACCUGGAGGAACGGGCCGCCGCCCGGGGCGACUCCCUGGAGCGGCCCCCGCCCGGCGCGGGGGGGCUGUCCCUCCACCACCAGGCGCACUCCGCCGCCGCCGCCCACCACCAGCACCACGCCCCGCCGCACCAGCACACCACGCCCCCGUCCACGCUGUCGUCGUCGGGCUCGUCG